AUGCCUUCCACAACCUCCAAGACCCUAGAUAUCGGCGUUUUCCUCCCUAUUGGAAACGACGGAUGGCUCAUCUCCACCGCCGCUCCGCACUAUAAACCCUCCUUCGCUUUGAACUGCAAAGUUGCGAAGCUCGCCGAGUCAUAUGGCUUUGACUUCGCCUUAUCAAUGAUUAAGUUCAGAGGGUUUGGCGGCAAGACAGAACACUGGGACUACAACCUGGAGUCUUUCACUCUUAUGGCCGGCAUCGCAGCCUGUACCUCCCGCAUCAAGCUGUUCGCUUCGACUGCUGUCCUUGCUCUACCUCCUGCUAUCUGUGCUAGGAUGGCAGUCACCAUAGACGACAUUGCAAACAGCACGGCAGAGUCCGAGCAAUACAAGAACCGCUUCGGAGUUAAUAUGGUCACCGGGUGGCAAAGCGCUGAGUUCACCCAGAUGGGCUUGUGGCCCGGAAACGAGUAUUUUGGCUACCGGUACGAUUACGCCGAGGAAUACGUGCGGGUUAUGAAAGAGCUAUGGAAGAAGGGCAAGUGCGACCUAGACGGCAAGUAUUUCAAGAUGGACGACUGCCGCCUGGAGCCUCGGCCAGCCGGGGACAUCAAAAUUAUCGCCGCUGGACAGAGCGACCGCGGCACUAAAUUUGCGGCGGACUACGCGGACUAUAACUUCACGCUUGGAAAGGGAAUCAACGCUCCGACGGCAUUCGCUGAGUCGAACCAACGUUUGAUUGACGCUUCCCAGGAGACGGGAAGGGAUGUCGGGGCCAUGAUUCUUAUGAUGCUUAUUAUGGACGAAACUGACGAGGAAGCUGAGGCGAAAUGGAAGCUUUACUGCGAUAACCUCGAUGAUGAGGCCGUAGCCUGGGUCCAUUCGCAGUCGAAGAUGGACACACAGGCAGAUGCGCAAAGUAUGGUCGCACGUUUUGUGGAAGGCGCUUCAGCGGGUCAUCUGGUCAACCUGAAUGGAGGCACAUUGGUGGGGAGUUACGCAAAGGUGGCGAGCCUGUUAGAUGAGAUUGCCGACGUUGAGGGAGUCAAGGGUGUUAUGCUGCAGUUUGACGAGUUUGUGAGCGGAGUGGAACUGUUCGGAAAGUACGUGCAGCCCAAGAUGAAGACGAGAGUCGGGAAGGACCCGCGGUCAAACGGUGUGUGA